GGACGAGGUUCUGCGAGGAGAGAGGCUCAGAGUAGUCUGGGAAGUGUAGUCCAGUUGGCCUGGAAGAAGAGUCGCGGUGGGCGCCAAGGUUCUGGGAAGGGGCCGAGCAGGCUUGAAAACAGACUGUGUCUUCCUUUUAACUCUGUGCUGGAGCACAAGAAGUGUUUGUUUCAUGAAUGACGUAUCCAUUUAGGACCUGCUUAGCCUCUGAGGAUAACUCUGUGAACUGCAGCUAAUAGUUCACUGGGCCUGGCCCUUGGUGUUGAUUUCAGUAUGCUGCGACGAAAACCAACCCGCCUGGAGCUCAAGCUUGAUGACAUUGAGGAAUUUGAGAGUAUUCGAAAGGACCUGGAAAACCGUAAGAAACAAAAGGAAGAUGUGGAAGUUGUAGGAGGCAGUGAUGGAGAAGGCGCCAUUGGGCUCAGCAGUGACCCCAAGAGCCGGGAACAAAUGAUCAAUGAUCGAAUUGGUUAUAAACCCCAACCCAAGCCCAACAAUCGUUCAUCUCAAUUUGGAAGUUUUGAAUUUUAAAGGUGCAUUAUCUUGUGUACCAGAGCCCCGGAAUGGAGUAAAAUGAUGGCAGAAGUACAAACAAGAUUUAGAGAAUCGAGUGCUUGGAAUCAAGCAGAAUGUUUAACCUCCUGCAGAGAGAAAUACUUCUGCAAGAGAUUACUGAUGCUUAACUUUCACUCUAAGCUGAAAUCCAAACUCUAGUUUGUCUCUGGAAAAUUUGACUCUAUAAAACUUGUCUGAUUUUUGUUUUUAAAAAUAAAUCUAUUUUUGGAAAAGGG